GUCUGCUUGGUACACAAGCAGAUGAAGAACUGAAGGGAAGUUUCUAUUCUUCAUAUCUUUGGCAACUGAGAGUCUACUGGGGGAACCAUCUGGCACCAUGGGAAAGAGGGAUAAUCGAGUGGCCUAUAUGAAUCCUAUAGCAAUGGCCAGAUGGAGGGGCUCAACUCAACCUGCUGGCCCUACAAUACAAGAUUAUCUGAAUCGACCAAGGCCCACUUGGGAAGAAGUGAAGAAAAAAUUAGAAAAUAAAAAGAAAGGCUCCAAAGCAUUAGCUGAAUUUGAAGAAAAAAUGAAUGAAAAUUGGAAGAAAGAACUCGAAAAAAGCAGGGAGAAAUUAUUAAGUGGAAAUGAAUGUCCAUCAAAAAAAAGAGAAAGAAAGAGGAAAAAAAAGAAAAAAUCUUGUCGCUCUUCAUCUUCCUCUUCAUCAGGCUCUGAUUCUUCAAGCAGUUCCUCUGAUUCUGAGGAUGUGGAAAAGAAACAAGGGAAAAAGAGAAAGAAAAAGAAGAACCAUUUAUAUAAAUCAUCAGAAAGCUCUAUGUAUGAAUCAGAAUCAGAAAGCAAGGAAUCCGUGAAAAAGAAAAAGAAGUCAAAGGAUGAAACAGAAAAAGAAAAGUGUAUCCGAAUUCUCAGCAAAAAAAGAAAGAAGACUUAUCCUGAGGAUAAACCUUCACCACCUGAGUUCUCAUCAGAAUCAGAUCGUGAAGAGGAAUUGCAAGCAAAAAAGAAGAGAAGGCAUGAAGAGCAAGAAAAAUCAAUGGAAAAAAUAAAAAAGAAGAAGAAGAAACAGUACAAGAAACAUAGUAAGAAGAAAAAAAAGAAGUCUACUUCAAGUCACAAGUCAAGAUGACAUCAAGAAAAAAGAAAAAUUUUCAUAUUUAAAAAAGCAAAGUCUAAAGGAAACUUCAACUGUGAAAGAGCAUAUUU